AUGCCGAUCAAAGCAAGGAGUCAACAUGUGCCUCCCCCUUCUGAGUUUCCGUAUCCAUCAAGGGUCUCAAGCAAACGCAUAACAAAUGGCCUUGCUCCGGUAAAUUAUGUGGAAGACAAUGAAGAGGAUUUCUUCAGAUACACUUCCGGGAGAUGGCUGGUAGAUGAAAAAUACCAACUUGAGCAACGAUAUGUAAGAUUCAACAUCGAUAAUCUCUGCUCGCAAGCUGCAUCGCUAUUCAGUUUUGAAACAAGAUGUAUGCGCAUCGCCAAAAUGGAAGGGAACUUCAGCAAGGCUUUCCUUCUCACGAUGGACGAUGGCAACGAAGUCAUAGCAAAGAUUCCUUGCUUAAACGCUGGUCCGCCGGUACUGACAACCGAGUGCGAAGUGGCGACAUUGAAGUUUUUUCCUGAAGUCUACCACUGGUCUUCAGACCCAACAAACCCCGUAGGUGCUGAGUAUAUUCUGAUGGAAAAGACUCGCGGAGUACCACUAGCAGAGAAAUGGAAGACCAUGAACACAUUGCAGCGGUAUCUAUUAAUCGAUAAAAUUUUGGAAAUGGAGAAGGCGCUCCAAAGGUUACAAUUGCCCGCAUAUGGAGGUCUCUUCCUGCAGGAGUCUUUGCCAUCUAGCUACCCGCGCUGCCCUCUUCCUCCAGGUUUGGACCCGAAUAAGCAGUUCUGUAUAGGUUCGUCAGUCGAUCUAUCUUCCACUGCAUCUGUUGGCGCAAUUAGGAAAGAUUCUGGGCCAUGGACAUCACUUUUGGAGUUCGCGCUCUCUGCACCACGUCGAGAAUUGGCUCGAAUUGUAGCAAAAGGUGAUGAUGUACAUACCGACUUGACUAGGUUUGGCAACAAUCAGUCUAUCGAAGAGUACAGCGAUCUCUUACAGAAGAUGCAACUCAUAUUGCCAGCACUGUCGCAACAUCCACGUGUUCAAGAAUCGGCAACGUCGACAGUCUGGCACACUGACUUGCACCUCGGAAACAUAUUCGUCUGUCCAGACGACCCCACGACAAUAGAAGGCAUAAUUGAUUGGCAGUCAGCCGAAGCAGCACCUCUACUUAUCCAGGCUCGGUUUCCAGAGUUUCUUCGACCGCCAAAAGGUUACCGUUCGGGAACCAACGUUCCCAAGUUACCAGACAACUUUGAUGAGCUGGGUCCAGAUGAAAAGGAAACAGCUGAAAAAGAGCAUACACUCGCGAUCCAAUCCAAGUACUAUGAAAUAUCGUGCCGCGCACACAACAAGCCAAUAUUCAAUGCAAUGGCCCUGGACCGAUGCCUUUGGGAAUCUUUCACGCAUUGCCAGCUUCCUUCGAAUGGCUCCCCAUUCCAAUUUAAUGAAGAGCAAUUGAAGCGACACGACGAACAAGUUCAAUUCUACGAAGAUAGCUUGUCUCUGUGGGAUCUUGUCAAGGAACAGCUUGGCACUGAUAAUAGUGGAUGGAUCCAUUCCGAAGACUGGGUAUCGGUGAAUAAAAUGAACAAAUACCUGUAUAACAUGUUCAUCGACACAAUGAGCGAGGAAAUCUCGGCGGAAGAAGCCACGAAACGAUGGCCCUUUCUGCCGAAGGACGCCUGA